AUGGAGAGACUCACUGACGAUGCUGACUACGCUGCCGGCGAAACGUCUGGGAAUGUACCACAUCCACGGUCCGACUUUGGGAAUGAUCAUGCAGCAAUGGACUCCGGACUAGGUGCGUUCCUCUAA